UUGAGCUCUGGCUGUUGUUGCAGCGCGGGUGUAUUUUGACGCGGCACAGAUAUGGGGACGCAUGUUUGCAGAAAACAGAUGGUGCAAUGGAUGUGGAGAUGGCGUGUUUGUCCUGUGGCUGCGAGCAGAGGUCAUAUGCCGUUCUGCACCACACAAGAGCCCCUUCAUGUGAAUCCAUCCCGCACCGGUCAGGUCACCCACAGUCCUGUGACCCAGCUCACUCUGUCCUCUUUGCUUGAAAUGGGCUUCUCAGAAACUCAAGCUGAGGAGAUGCAUGAAGGUGCAACGAAGAGCCGUGGGAAACAUGUUCCGUCUGUUCUGACGGCACUGUUGCUCCUGGGAUUAAAUCCCUCCAGUAUCCUGAAAAUAAUGCAAAAGUGUCCAGAGGUAUAUUCACUUAAAGGUGCAGACCUACAGCAGCGCAUCAAUCAUCUGAGGAAGAUGGGAUUGUUAGAAGGGAGUCUGCAGAGGAUGAUCAGUCACUACCCCAAGAUCAUGGUCCUGCCUAUCAAGAGGGUAAACAUGGUGUCCCGAUUGCUCAAAGAAAAAUGCCUCUUCACCGUCCAACAGGUCACAGACAUCCUCAGAGACUCACCUGAGGUUUUAGAGGAGGAUUUGGUCCAGCUGGAGUACAAAUUUCAGUAUGCAUAUUUCCGUAUGGGUGUGCGGCAAGCAGAGAUGUUGAAGGCGAAGUUGUUCCGGAUGUCUCUGUCUGAGCUUCGGUGUCGUCACUGUUUUCUGGAGCGGAGGGGACUGUACCAGACGCCAGACAAGAAGGGCCAAACACUCAUCGUCAACCCCCCGCUCAACGACGUCCUCUGCGUCUCAGAGGAAACCUACCUGACGCAGGUCGCCAUGGCAACUGUAGAGGAGUUCCAUGUUUUUCGUAAACUGAUGACGAGAGAGCAGGAGGAAGAAGGGAGGGAGGACGAGUACAGCAGUGAUGAGGACGAGGAGUUAGGGGAGGAUAAAGAUGAUGAUGAUGACGGACAGCACAGGAGGAAGCAUCACUGGAACACUGGUUACAAGAAGGACAGGAGAUGAGGCGUUUUGUAUAAAAAUCAAUCAAAAUGAAUAAACCUUUUCAUUCAGCAAAAUUCACCAAUGUUUUUUUUUUUUCUUUUUGAGUAAUACAUGAUAGUAUCAGUUUUGCAUAAACAAUGCAAAUACAAACAUAAUUUGUUUAUGGACUGGUGGUCAUGCCAACAUUUUUUGUCAAUUAUUUGUUUGUUUAAACUUCCUCAUCUCAUUUAUUGCUUUAUAAGCUUUUAGCUCCGGAUAUGAGGUGCAUAGUAGUGUCGUGGGACAUUGAGGUAAUAACGGUGUUAGUGUUAGUUUAUCUGAACGGCCUGUCAUGGGGAGGGUCAGCACAAUUUACACCAAAUGCUGAGUAACCAUAGAGAGCUUAAAGAGCGUUAGUGCCGUGCGAUGGUUUACGGAUCUGUGCGCAUCAGUGGAACGCCUGCUCUCUGAUAACAAGGACAGAGUCGGGAGGUAUUGAUCUGGGGCGACAUUAGUCUAAUGGAGGUCUGGAUGGAAGCAGAGGUUACUUCACGUGGAUGAGUGGAACAGGUACGCGAGUCAUUUUAACAGUUAAUCGAUUGUUAGUCGAUACAACCAUAUUUCAUUCUUCCUCUGUGAACUGUUUGUCUAACGAACAGAAGUGUUUUUGUGGAUCAGGAAUAGUACUGGAACUCGGCCAUGUCACAAUGUUUGGUGUGUUAUUAGAGAUAAGAGCUUCUAGCACAAAAUCAACACAUUUGCAUAGAUUUGGUUUGCUUAACUCGUUUGAACAUUUUGGCACUGUGACUGACAAUUUCAGAUGAAACUGUAAUUAGGUUAAUAAGGCUGAUUCAGUUUCACUCAAAAGUAUGUUUGUAUACAUUAAAUUGGUGUCUUAAUGUUUUCAUGAAAAGAUGGACUCACCCAUUUUGUGCAUUUCUUUCUCUUUUUUAAAAAAAAAUGCAGUGUUAUCAGGAAUUUGCAAGAAAAUCGAAUUAACUUUUUCUAAUUAGAG